AUGCGCAUAUCGGUAUGCAGCAGCAGCAGAAUCCGCCUUCUGUCUAUACUCCAGGUGUUUCAUCGACUGCACCUGCAGCGCAACAACAACAAACACAGUCAACAGCACAACAACAGGCAACAGCACAACCACCCCGCAGUCGCAGCAGCAGCAGCCCUUUUACAUCUUCGGGCGAUCACCUGCUCAGCAACAACAACAGCAACAGCAGCAACAACAACAGCAACAACAAGAACAACAUCAGCAACAACAGCAACAGCCUCAACAACCGGUCCUUCUUGCUGGCCUUGGACCCGAAUGGCGACAAACGCGCGCCUUCCUGCGCAUGAACCCGAACCUCUCCGAAGCUGAAAUUUUGUCGUAUC